AUGGGUACCGUCAAGCUGCUGUCGUACCCCGUCUACUCGAUGGCGACGGAUGGGCGAUACCUCGUCACCUCCGGCGGCGGAGGCGGGAAGGAGUACGGCAUCAAGGACUGCGUGGAGUUCCACAAGGUAACUUGCGCCGGAAGGAGGACCGAUAUGAGCCUGGCGGCCUCCAGCAAUGACAAACUGGGCAUUUUGGACACUGUACAGCACAUCCCAAUGCAUGACCUGUGGAUGGGUGCGUGUGGCCAGAGCACCGUGUUCUUCACGACCUGCCAAACGAGGGGCGUGCGUAUCUACGGGCGCGUGAUAGUCGCUCGGAGCAAGGACGAACCGCAGCAGACGGCAGCUCGUUUCUGCGCAGGCGUGGAUAUGUUUGUCACUGGAAACAGCGACGGAACAGUUCGCAUUUGGGGUCUGACCGACAGCUUCCUCGAGAAGGUGGCAGAGAUGGAGGACGACCCGGACAGCAACAAGCACCCGCCACUCGGGUACACUGACGACUUAGUGCUUACGUACGACGUCACGCCAGGGGACGCGGAAUACGGCAUGUCCCCAAUGAACAGUGACAGCCCAGAGUCACGUCCUUCGGCGAUGCCGGAUGAUUCCACAUCCGGUUUCGCCCUGUCGACGCCCGGCGAAUUGACUGGACUCAACGAAUCCAACCCGUCGACUGGAAUCGUUGGUGAUUCUGCUGUUGACCACGACCUGGUGUGCUCGUCGUUGGAGUCCGCCGCGCCCAUGGAAGGUGCCGCCUCGGCAUCCGCCGAUAUCUCGAGGAGUGACACAUCAUCCGGAGACGUGUCCUCAAUCACCGGCGAAAGCUCUAUCGUACUUGAUUCGAAUUCCGUUGGGGGUGAAAACGAGGAAAACAACCCAUCUGAGGCAGAUGAACGGAGGCCGACGGAGGAGUCGGGUAUAGCUGAUGGGCGCCCCUUGCUCUCCGAGGGUGGCAGUGCUGGCAGACCGAGCACGUCAUCGGAAGGAACGCCGAGCAGAACCGAUCAGACCGAUUUUUACACGGACUCCGACACUCCGCACCGCCACUGCGACAGCCCGCAUCCGAGCAACGUGGCUCUGAAGCUGGUGGAGUACAAGUGCCACGACAACGAGAUCACCGAUUGUGACAUUGCCCACGACGGUAAGAUGGCGCUGUCGAUCUCACGCGAGCAGAUGGUGUUUUACCAGCUGUCGCCACCCAAAUUCCUGUGCAAGCGCCGCAGUUCCAUGCGGUUCAAGUUCGGCCGGUUCGUCAACUCCAACUGCCGCGACGGGCAUUACCAGAUGCUGACUGUGGAGUGGGAGCCCCGUAAACCCACGGACUGCGUCGUCAGCAUGUGGCGCUACAAUGCCGAGUCGGGCAACUUGAUGCUCGUGAAAAGCGCGAGCGUCGGCAGGGCCGCCUGCAGUUGCAUGUCCUUGGGUGUGGACGACAGACACUUCGCCCUGGGGUUCGGCACUGGUGCCGUCGGCGUGUACACCACGCGUUCGCUGCAGUGCGUCAUGCUGGAGCAGCGGCACCAGCUGCCGGUGACGGACGUCGUGUUUUUAGAGGACAAGCUGGCGUCCAGUGGCGCCGAUUUUUACGUCAUCAUCAAGAGCUUUAAGCGGUGGCCGCUGGCCGUGGUGCUUAUGGCCCUAGUACCGAUACUCGCGUACAUUGUGCACAUUUUGCGCCAGCGCAUUUUUUAA